AUGUUUGUUAGUCGCAGACUUGGAACUUUAAUCGGGAGUAGAGGAGCUUCCCGUCAAAAACACAGCCUUCCUGAGCUACCUUACGAGUACAGUGCUUUGGAGCCUGUAAUCAGCCGGGAAAUCAUGAGCUUGCACCAUAGCAAGCAUCAUGCCACUUAUGUAAACAACUUGAAUGUUGCUGAAGAAAAACUUGCCCAAGCUCAAGCUAAAGGUGACAUACAGACAGUUAUCAACUUGGCCCCAGCUCUUAGAUUCAAUGGGGGAGGUCACAUCAACCAUACAAUUUUCUGGCAGAACUUGUCACCCAAAGGCGGUAAACCUUCUGAUGUUUUCUCCAAAGCUAUUGAAAAAGAUUUUGGGUCAUUGGAAAAUAUGAAGAAUCAAUUGGCAGCGGCCUCUGUGGGUGUACAAGGGUCUGGCUGGGGCUGGCUCGGAUAUAACAAGGUGAUGAAGAAAUUGCAAAUUGCCACAUGUCAAAACCAAGAUCCACUGGAAGCAACUACUGGUAUUGUUCCUCUCUUUGGGAUUGAUGUUUGGGAACAUGCCUAUUAUCUACAAUACAAGAAUGUUCGUGCAGACUAUGUGAAAGCCAUAUUUGAUGUUGCCAACUGGCAAGAUGUCUCAGCAAGAUAUGAUAAAGCUCUGAAU